AUGGCUUCGCCUACAGUCAUGUCCGCCGUUAAGGGCUCGGCAACGCUGACGUCAUUGCUGAGCCUCUACGCUGCGCCGACGCCCCACAACUCCCCCGAAGAAGCCCCCGCUCCCGCUCCCGCGCUCGUCCGUUGCGCCACCUCCCCUAUCCCGCGCGCUAGGUCCCCCAUUCCCCGCUCCACGUCGUCAAUCGGCGGUGUGGCGGGUUCCGCGGGGGGAAUUUUGGCGGAAGGCGGAACCGGGAGGCGGACCCGCUCCAAGUGGCAGGUUGGCGGGAAGAUCGGUGCUGUGCUGGGGAAGGACCCCGCGGGACUGUUGGCGGCUAUUAAUGCUAUUCGCGAGUUUCCCUUAUCCAAUCUGACCGUUCGCUCUUGCGCAUCUCUUGUGUCCUCCUGGUCCGUGCAGCAGCAUCGUGGCUCACAGCAACGUCAUUACGGCGCUACUGAUGAAAGCGGAUCCGCAACAGUGACCCGCAGCCUGCGCUCCUCACUCGCCUCCCAGCUCUCCUCCCCCGCGGUUCCUGCGGGCAUCCCCCCGGCGAACCGUCGCGCCCCUAACUCCGCCGCCCCUGGAACGGGAGGGCCGCGCGUCCUGCGCCCCCGCUCCCCCUCCCCGUUGCGCCUGGCGCGCAGUCCUCGGGCGCUCUCUUCCCCUGCCCCUGACCAGGGCGUGCCGCCGAUUUCUCGUUAUCAGGAUGAGAUCCCAGACGUUGCUGGUAAUAUCAGUGCUGUCAGUGCUGUCAGCACUCCGUUACGCACGCCUGCAAGUCAACGCGGGUCAAGGAGUGGUGGGGAUUCUCCGCCUUGGUCCACGCAAGUCAAUGUUGGAACGCCUGGGAGCAGGCGGAGGGGUGGGUGGGCGCUGAGAAGGUCGGAGGAUGAGGAGGUGGAGGAGGAGGGAGAGGGGGCUGUGAAGGGAAUGGAGGGGGGAAGGGGGAUAGUGAGGGAGCGGCCUCUGAGCAAGGGGCUGUUGGAUGCUCUUGAGAGGAUGGGAUUAGAGGAAGAGAGCGCCGUUGGGGGCCCAACGGAGUAG